GGCAAAGCGGGCGAAUUGACGGGCUAAACCCAUUUUACAGUUCCACUUGUUUGUUUAUUUAUAGCAAGAAAGGCCGCAGUACUUAAUAGCCCAUUUAUACAAAACAAAUGUAUUGGGCCAAAACUGAAAGGGACACAAAUGUUAUUUAAAGGCCCAACAAGAAGUGAUUCACAUCGUACGGCAUUCUCGAUUCUCCUUGGCAUUGUCCGCCCUGUCUCAGUGUCUCCGCUAUUUUUAUAAUUCCCAAUUUCGAAUCCAAAAAUGGCUUUUAGAUACUCCCACAAAUUAUCCCAUCAUGUCCGCCGAAUCCGACGACAACUCCGACAUCCUUCCGAAGCUCAUGAUCUGCUUCAUCGGCGCCGCGUCCGCCGCCGUGGUCAUCACAGUCUACCACUGCAUAGCCACGCGCAACGUGCGUGGCCUCCUACGCCGCGGCAUUACUAGGCGGCAAGCGCCGCCGCCGUCUUCGGCGGCGGCGCAGCCGCAGCAGGAUUACCAGAGCAGCGUGGAGAACUCGGUGGCGGAGCUAAUCCCGGCCCACAAGUACCAGAAGGGGGUCGGGAUGACCCGGGAGGGCGACGGCGUCUGCGCCGUUUGCCUGUCGGAAUUCGAGGACGGCGAAGAGCUGCGCACUUUGCCGGAAUGCAUGCACUCGUUCCACGUGGCGUGCAUUGAUAUGUGGUUCUACUCGCACUCCAACUGCCCGGUUUGCCGGACGGAAGCGACGCCGUCGCCCCACGUGCUUAUACGCUUGCUGGAUUCCAGUGUUCGAAGGUCGCCGCCGGCGCCGGCCCGGCCGCAGUCGCAGACAAAUUCAAUGAUGUUGAUAAGUUCUGUAAUACAAUAA